AAAAAAAAUCUUCAGUUGACUUGACUAUAACAUUACACCGCAUCUCUUGGCAAUCACUCAAUUAGUAAUUUUUUAUCUUAAACUUUACUAUCAGCAAUUUUUCUUUCUCUUUUCGGCGGCACCAACGAACUUUCGAUAUUUAUAUAAAAUCCAACACUGUUCUUUUAUUACAUUUUUAUUCUUUCUUGUGAUUUUCAUUUCUAUAAUUUUUUUUCUUCCAUUUUUCCAUUUACAUGGACUCUAGUAAUGUUUUUGAGAUAUUCACAUGGAGAAUUGAAAAUUUCUCAAACAAAAAUGUCAUGAAAUUAACUUCAAAGGCUUUCGAAAUCCGCAAUUAUACAUGGAAGAUACGUGUGCAUCCAAUGAGGAGGGAUGUGGACCAUUUUUCAAUAUAUUUGGAGGUUGCUGAUUCUUUACCACCUUAUGGAUGGAGUAGAAACACCUUUUUCAAGUUGGUUCUAAUUAAUCAGUUGAAUAGGAACAAAUCCAUUGUAAAAGAGACAGAACAAAAGUUCAAUGGAGGAUUUCGUAGCUGGGGUUCAUUUUUCUUAAAACUGAACGAUUUCCUUGACCAUAAACACGGUUAUCUUAUGAGAAACACAUGCAUCAUUGAAGCUCAUAUUUGUGUCUCAAACUUUGCACCAAGAAUUCAUCACAUAAAUUCAACUUCAACCAAUGAUUCUAAUUCCUCAGAUGAGAGGGAAACCCUUAGUCCUAGAACAUCAGGUUCUAGUUCUAAUCCAACAGAAGAAGGAGAAAUUCAAACUUCACAUUUAACACUAAAACAAGUUUUUAAUUUUCAAACUUUAAGCCAAGAAGAAAAAGCUUUUGUUCCACUUUUGGAAGAAGUUUGCACAUGGCAUCCUUCUUUGAUACAGAGACAAAUGAAAAGAACUCGUCAGCUUCGACAAUUGUCAUUCACAUCAUUAGGAAAAGUUUUACAUUUUCUCAAGACAAAGAAAGUGAAAGAUAUGAGUGAAGAUGAUAUCAAGAAUCUUAAGAGUUUGUGGGAGAAACUUGUCAACUCAUCAGAAUUUGAGUUGGAUUGGUUAGAGCCUUAUGUUCAAUCUGUUUUAGGUGUGAAGGAUUAUUUGGAAAGGGCUAAAAAGUUGAAGAAAUUAAAGGAUAGUGUUGUUGCUUUGGAGAUUAAAAUGAAGAAGCUUAGAGUAGAAUUGGCUGCUUCAGAAACAGAGUUUGAGGUUGCAAGAAGAGGUUUAUCAGAAGUAAGAAAUGGUUUUCAAGAAAUGAAUGUUAAUGCUCCAAUAGGUUAUGCUAUGUUUUAGUUCUUUCACUAAUUACUAAAUUAAUUCAUUGUAGAACAUAAUUAUUAAAUCUUUUUGUUUUAGAACAUAAUUAUUAAAUGUUUUAAAACAAUCAUUGGUUAAAAUUUAUUUGUCGACUUUGGUAAAGGGGUACAUAGUUUUAAUUUCUAAAUGUAUUUAGGGAGGAAAACUAUAGCUUUGUGUGUAAAUUUUAAACAUUCCUUUGAUAUUUUUCUUUUUUCUUUUGUAAUUAAAACUGUUGAAGUAAAAUAUGAUUCAUUCUAUAUAUGUAAAUUAAAUUUGUUCUCA